GCGAGCGGUAGCCGGGUGCUAGCAGAGCGCAGCCGCGAGGGAGGCGCGGGGGAGGCGAGCCGGAGCCGGAGCCGGAGCGUCAGCCAGUGUUGGCGGAGAGCACCCAGGCGCAGCCGGAGUCGGAGCCGCAGCCGCGAUGGCCGUGGCCGUGGGGAGACCGUCUAAUGAAGAGCUUCGGAACUUGUCCCUUUCUGGACAUGUUGGAUUUGACAGUCUCCCGGACCAGCUGGUCAAUAAAUCUACUUCUCAAGGAUUCUGUUUCAACAUCCUGUGUGUUGCCCUGUCUCCAAAAUCAGCUUCAAGAAUACAUGUGAGAGUUAUAUCCCAGCCCCUGCAUCACAAUUAUGAUGCCAGUUGGAAUUCAUCACAAGCCACAUCCACAUUGCCCAGAUGGAUCUGUAAAGCAGCUGCUAUUCUGACUGUACUGG